UGUCAAGUAAAAGACUGUGUAACCAUUCAGUAUUAAGACACGCUCUAGUCAUAUGCUAAACUGUUUAAUGCUUAGACUUGUAAUAGUAUUUGAGACACAUAGACAACAACUGUCAGUAAACUGGCCCAAGCUAAUCAACGUUUUAUAUAUCUACUAAGCUAACUCAGGCUAGCCAGCUAGCUAAGUUAGUCACUUGAGCAAAUAUGUUUACGUCCCAGACAUCUUCCUUCCAGGAGUCUAUUGAUGUGGAAGAAAAAGAAGAUUUCGAGAAUGAAGAAUAUAACCAGAAAAUACAACAGAUAAAUUGUUAUUACUCCAUAUAUUUCUAUCAAAGUACAAGAUCUGAGGCUGCUGGAGAGAGUGUGGCAUGGAGCCAAAGAAGAUCAGACUCCACCACGAGUCAGGAGGACUUUAGUCUCACCCUAUUGGACACUAGCUUGCCCUCAGAGGCGGAGCCAGAGCUGCGAAGCUACAUCUCCCGCAGGCUGAGUAAAGGUGCCCUGCUGGGGGGUAUGGGCAAUAUUGCCACAGUGGAACUGAGUGUCCCUGAGCAGGCAGUGGGCUGUUACUGUUGUCUACUGGAGCAGGAAAAAUCCCCAGAACAGCCAGAGUCAGAUGGUAACGGCUGGGUGGUGUGUUUCCUAGGUGGAUCAGAGAAAGGCCUGAACCUAUUCAGGCUGGAGUUGGAUAAGUAUGUGCAAGGCUUACAGAGCAGCUUGUCCCCAGAGCUGCCGAACCUGGAGUCAGAGGUCAGGCCCUAUUUGAGCCGGUGGUACGAUGAGUCUGUCAUGCACAUUCACAGAGUGGUCCAGCUGGUCCAGGGCAACAUCGGCUUCCUUCUCCAUGCUGCUUUAUGUCACACGCAUGUUGAGGUCAUCGGGGCAGAUGAGAGAACCAAGAAUGAUGUUUCCAGGUUCAUCAAAGCAGCCAGCCUGCAGGGCCUUGUCCAGGAGGACACCACCACGGCCUCCCUGUGUAAGGCCAUCUCUGAGGACUCUCACUCUGACCUGGUCAUCGACUGCGCCAACUCCCCACCAACACUCAGUAACACGGUCAGCAAUCAUUUCUGUGAUGAGUGGAUCCAGGCUUUCAUCAACGCCGCUGAACGCUUUAACCCCUUCCUCCUGCGGCAGAUUCUUGAGAACUUCAAGCUCAAGGCCAUCCAGGACAUGAACAACCUGAAACGCUUCAUCCGGCAGGCGGAGAUGAGUCACUACGCCCUGUUCCGCUGCUGCCAGUUCCUGCAGAGCUGCGGGAACGGUGACGUGCUGCUGCAGAACGCGCGGGCGGAGCACAGCGAUCUGCCCGAGGCCUGCGGCAUCAUUCAGGUGCUGGAGGAGUUCCUGAGCGAACAGGCCCAGGGCGUAGCGCACUGACCGCUCCGCGCCGUCGCCGACGGAGACCGCGCUUCUCCACGCGCGCCACCUCCGUUUUCCUCACUGAGGAGGUUCCGAUUCCCGAGACCUUAACCCUAAGGCGCCGGUGAACGGUUAGCAUUCCCUACCCUUUCAUUUUAAAUUCAAAACUGUCAGAGAAAACUUCUGCUAUUGUUCGAUAUCCUAUUGUACAACACUAUCUCACAUUAUUCGUCGUCAUAAUGUGCAUAUGUGAUAUUUUAAAUGUGUUUAACUUGUACAGCCUCAAAUUCAGAUGGACCAGGCUACCUAUCAUAGUGUGCUCACUAACUUUGAAAACUGAAAAAAAAAAACACUGUAAAAAAAGUGAGAAACUGAAUGUUGUGGCUUUAUUUAAUCUAAUGUGCAUUCCUGUCCUUGUUUUGUCAUAAUUUGACUGAUGUUUGUUUUUGUUUGAUUGUUUAAAUAUGCUGUUUCUGGAUGAAGCACUUCCCAGAGUCCAAAUUGAGAAUUAAAUCUAUAAUGACAUAUUUUUGCUUUUUUUGCUUGUUUGGUAUAAUGUUGCACUUAAAACUUAUUUUUCUACGUGAUGUGGAGUAUUUGUGUAAAUAUUUUGUCUUUUUGGCAAUGCCUGGGUUUUCUUUUCUGUUUCCUGAUCAGUAACAGCCUAGCAGUUUUAUGUGAUACCCCCCAACAUUUUGCCAGACACCACAUGGCAUGUCUGUGUUGCUUUUCGCUAAGAGUGGAUGUAAAAACAAAAGCAAUACCACGUUUCCAAAAUCAUGUGUUGUUUCAGCUGUGAAACACAUCAUCAGUUACCUUAGUAAGGUAAAGCAGCGCUCAUCUCUAUGAA